GUUUGCAUUUAUACCCGAACAGAAUCCGCACCAUUAUCUGCGUGACCUCCUUCUUGAUUAUGGAGCCUUGCUAGCCCUUCUCUUCUGCACAAAAUCUCUGCAAAUCAGAGAUAUAUAUACCUAACAGGGGCGAAAGAAUGGCGAUGCCUCUCUGAAUUUUCAAUGGCAAUGCAGCAGGAAAGGGAAGGCGUUUCAGGGGCAGCGGAGGCGGAGAGGCUGCUGAUGGAGGAGGUCACGUUGCUGGAUAUUGACAUGCUCUGCUCGGCGGUCGUUAUGCAGGCGGACAAGGGAAAAUGGGGGAAGCUGAACGGGGAUAGUGAAGAGGAGAACCUUAUGGCGGAUUGCCAACAAUAUGGACGUGGGGCAUUUAGGAUGUGGGAAGGCGAGCUUGUCAAUGACUGCUUGGAUGAUCGAAGAAUCGCUCUGCAAUCCGUCUGUUGUCCAUGUUAUAGCUUUGGCAAAAAUAUGAAACGGGCAGGAUUUGGUUCUUGUUUUCUACAGGGAUCUGUGCUGUUUAUUCUUUUUGUCUUAGCCCUUUCCAACCUGCUUGCAUUCUUGAUCACCAGAAGGCACUCCUUUCUUUACUUGGCUAUUUCUUUCACUGUCUCAAUUGGAGCAUAUCGGGGAUAUUGCCGCAUGCUGAUCAGGAAAAAGUUCAAUAUAAAAGAUGGUGAUGGUUCUUCGGAUGAUUGUGCUUACCAUCUUAUUUGCCCUUGCUGCGCUCAAUGCCAGGAGUCGAGGACAUUGGAGCUGAACGUCCAAGACGCCAUCUGGCAUGGCAGAGGUGAUACCAUAUGUAUAGGAAGCAUGUCCGAUGGUAGCAAACCACCCUCAGCAUUGAACUCAUCCUUUGUCGUGUCAACAAACUCUCCGGAAUCCCUCAGUAUGCAGAAAACAUCAGACUACCUCGUUCAUCCACCCAUUUUAAUCCAAAGUCACAUAUAAUGCCGUCAAAGAUAGAGCAUCAAACGAUAUCCUGAUUGGUUCUGGGAUUAAUAUGCCUUGAAUGGUGCAUCGGGCGAGUACAUCAGAGGUUGUCCAAUAUUGUUCUUACAGAUGGAAACCACUUAAGUUUCUUGUUACAUACAACCAAGAAUCUUGAUUUGCUGCCCGCAAGGUGCUUCCAAAGUUUAUGUACAUGUAUAUCCGCUUGUAGACUCUAAGUGUACAGCUAUUGUUGUAAAUAUGUACCAUAAUUUAUCCCGGAAUACAAAGGUGCCAUUCUGUUAUCGACAUUUACGGAAUUCAAAUCAGUUUCCAACAUUUAUGUUUCGGAGUUCCGGUGUGAUUUCACACUUGAAAUUAGCUAUCUUUGAUGUUAGAAUUACUUCAACUAAACAUGCUGACAACCCUGUCCAAGAAAGUCGGUGUCACUGAAUUAGGUCCUGUCUUUACAUAGUUAUACAGU